AUGACGGAAUUGGGUGAUGGAUACAGCAGACACAGCAAUGUAGCCCUAGCCCAGGUUGCAGUGAAAGCAGUUGUCCAAGGUUAUCUCCCAAUCCGUGAAGCGCUUGCUAAAAUAGCUAGAGAUGAAAAUGAAACGAGCAAAACAUGUUAUGAAGCCAAUGGUCUCCAUGAUAAGAUGUGCAAGUUAAAGACUGCUAUUUAUGCUGUGUUUUGGCAUGGCAUUCUUGGCAGAGUUGAUGCAACAAGCCAUGCAUUGCAAGAUCCUAAACUCGAUUUGAACACAGCAGUAGCAAUGCUGAAGUCCUUGGAAUGUUUUGUAAGAGAAAAAAGAGAUUGCUUCCAUGUUUAUGAGAAGAAGGGAAGGGAAAUGUCAGAAACUGGGGAUUAUUCACAGACACGCAAGCGUCAACGUAAUGUACGACUCAAUCCAUUGGAUUAUGGACGAUCAGAAGAAGCAGCCCUCUCACAGUCAGAAAAAUUUCGGGUUCAGAAUUUCCUUCCAGCAAUUGAUCAGUUUCUGAGUUCACUGGAUCAACGGUUAAAGGCCUAUGAGGAAACCUGUUCACUUUUCGGGUUCUUGUCUAAACUGGAGUCAAUGAAUUGUGACGAAAUUGAAGCAGCUGCAGCAAAAUUGGCUGCUGAGUACAAAAAUUAUUUGGAUCAAACACUUGGAGUUGAACUUGUGCAGUUUACAGCAUUCUUCACUCAAUUUCUUGAAGACGAAGAUGAUGAGAAAGGGAGGGCACAUUACCUUUACAAGCUGUUGAUAGACAAGAAAGUUGUAGAUACAUUUCCAAAUGUUGAAAUAAUACUACGGAUGUACUUGGUGCUCAUGGUCACAAAUUGUUCUGGAGAACGUUCUUUCA